AUGUCGAAAUUCACCAGUUUGCGUCGACGUCUCGACUCGAAACUCGGAACUCUGGGUUACUACGCGGAGCAAGAACAGCCUUUGAGGGCACCUGUCGAUGUGAGCCCUAAAGUUUCACGAAGCAUAGUUCUCGAGAUGAACAGACUGGGAAUGAUGGUGGAUCUUUCUCAUGUUUCUGUACCAACAAUGCUGGAUGCCAUGGGUGUUUCUAAAGCUCCGGUAAUUUUUAGUCAUAGCAGCGCUCAUGCACUAUGCAAUUCUUCAAGAAAUGUUCCCGAUCAUGCCCUUCAAUUACUUGCCAAAUCAGGAGGCAUAGUCAUGGUAUCAUUUUACCCACAUUUCAUAAGCUGCGGCGAAAAAUCAACGCUUGCAGAUGUUGCUGUUGGAUUUUAUGUUUCAGCGCAUAUCAAUCACGUGCGAAAGGUCGCGGGAAUCGACCACGUUGGUAUCGGUGCCGGAUACGAUGGGAUCAAUUUGUAA